CUUCUCAUUCAUCAGUCAUCACCAACAAAAAAAGAACUCAAAGCGUUUUGAAUUGGUUAAGUUUAUACAAAAAAAAAACAUCAACCAUGGGAAAGGGUGGAAAUUCUAAUGAAGCUUCUGAAAACAUGGCCGCAUGGCUUCUCGGUAUUAACAAUCUCAAGAUUCAACCUUACAAACUUCCCGCAGUUGGGCCUAAUGAUGUGAGGGUACGAAUGAAGGCUGUUGGAAUUUGUGGUAGCGAUGUUCACUACUUGAAGACAAUGAGUUGUGGUGAUUAUCAAGUGAAGGAACCAAUGGUAAUUGGUCAUGAAUGUGCUGGUAUUAUUGAAGAAGUUGGUAGUGAAGUCGAUUAUCUUGUUGCCGGUGAUAGAGUUGCUCUUGAGCCUGGGAUUGGCUGCUGGCGUUGCAAUCGCUGCAAAGAAGGAAGUUACAAUCUUUGCCCUGAUAUGAAAUUCUUUGCAACUCCACCUAUUCAUGGCUCUCUUGCUAAUCAGAUUGUGCACCCAGCAAAUUUGUGCUUCAAACUACCUGAUAACAUGAGUUUGGAAGAAGGAGCAAUGUGUGAACCUUUAAGCGUUGGUGUGUAUGGUUGCCGUCGUGCGGAGGUUGGGGCUGAGACAACAGUUUUGAUCGUUGGGGCAGGACCAAUUGGUCUAGUUACAUUGUUGUCAGCUAAGGCUUUUGGAGCACCAAGGAUUAUAGUGGCUGAUGUAGAUGAACAUCGUCUUUCUGUUGCUAAGAGUCUUGGUGCUUAUGCUGUUGUACAAGUUUCAACCAAUAAGGAUGAUGUUGCUUCAGAAAUUGAGAAACUCAAGAAAGCAAUGGGAAAAGACAUUGAUGUAACUCUUGAUUGUGCUGGUUUUGAGAAAACUGUAUCAACUGCUUUUGGUGCUACUCGCAAUGGAGGCAAAGUCUGCUUAAUUGGGAUGGGUCAUUCUAUCAUGACUGUUCCCUUAACACCAGCUGCCUCUAGGGAGGUAGAUGUAUUGGGAGUUUUCCGGUACAAGAAUACAUGGGAACAAUGCUUGGAGUUCAUUAGUAGCGGAAAGAUUGAUGUCAAGCCUCUGAUUACCCAUAGAUUCGGAUUCUCUGAACAAGAGGUGAUUGAAGCUUUUGAGACCAGUGCCAAGGGUGGAAACGCAAUCAAAGUUAUGUUCAAUCUAUAAGAGAACUGGUUAAUUUGAUUAUCAAGAUUGAAAACUAUUUCUAAUUUCUACAAAAUAAAUAAAUUAUGUCAUACAAUUCGGGGGGGUUUUAAGUUAUUUUUAGGGAAAGUAAUAAACCUUUUUCAAGGUUUUAUUGCACAAUUUACUACAUAUAUAUAUGGAAGUUUGUUUCUUUUGUUUUAA